AACAUACUCCGAAAGGUUAAAAAGUUAGAAGCAAAAUUAAGGCGUCGGCGCCGUUCAUUUUCUACAUCGUCUGAGAGUGACUACGAGCAUCGACGUUAUUAUGAAAUGGACAAUAUGGAUAUUCAAGGAGAUGAAAUCAUAGAUUUGGACGAAGUGGGUGUUCAUUCUCAGCCUACCCACAAUGAGAUAGAUUACGCCGCCCCCUACCCGCCGCCGCCAUCGCCUUCGAGCGCGCAGCCCGCAUCGUUCGCGGAGCGCGUACCGUCAGCGCACGCCGCGCCCGCGCCCGCGCCCCUCGCGCAGGCGGCGCCGCCCGGUGCAUUGUCUGCGCCGACCGUACCGCCACAGUCCGAGCCGUGCGCCCUAAGUGCGCUCGCUGAGUGUUCUGCGCCGCCCGUGACGAGUGCGCCGCCUAUGCAAGAUGACGUUCCAACUGCGCCUAGUGCGCCGUCUAAUGUGAUGUAUAACCAAACUCCUAAUAUUAACUGUACAUCGAAGAUAAAUACAGACGAGGCUCUUACAGAUGAGUAUGUACCGUCGCUAGAUCCGGAAAUACUUCAAUUGCUAGGCGACGACCCUACUACGGAGAAAAAUACGCGACCGAGCCGCGGCCGACCCACGCGCCCGCGCCCCACCGGCCGUACCGCCAGCAGGAGCGCCGCCCGCCGCCAGCGCCGGCGCCGAGGGUCGCCGCUACAGCAGCUACACGCGGCACCAGCACUACCAGCGCACGGGCAGGCGUUAGCAGAGGAUCUCCAGAGUCUGUCAUCCGCUUCAUGCGAGCCUUAUCCUGGUGGCAGCGAAAUUAUCAGGCAAUCUAUGAUCAAGCGCGGGGUCCCACAAGCAUCCUUGGACGUAAUGAUGGCCUCCUUUGCUAAAAAUACUUUAAAGCAAUAUAGUAGUUCUAUCAAAUGUUGGUGGUAUUUUUGUAAAACAAAUAAUGUUGAUUUAUAUAAUGCUGAUUAUACUAAGAUUAUAGCGUUCCUAACUACAAAACUUAAUGAAGGCGCCAGUUACAGUAGUUUAAAUAUACAUAGGUCCGCUUUGUCUAUAUUAUUAGGUUCAAAUGCGACUUCAAAUGAUAACAUUAAUCGAUUUUUUAAAGGGGUAUUUAGAUUAAACCCUCCAAAUCCUAAAUAUCAAUCAACUUGGGAUACAAAUGUUGUAUUAAAUUAUUUAUCGAAUGUAUACCCUUACGAUAACAUAGCACUAGCUGAUUUGACAUAUAAGACUUGCGCGCUUUUAGCUAUAGCGUCUGCUCAAAGAAUGCAAACGAUUAGUUUAAUUAAGCUUCAAAAUAUUAAAAUACAAAAUGAUGCAAUUGUUAUUAAAAUAUCUGAUUUUAUUAAAACAUCGCGGCCCGGAACCUACCAACCACUCAUCAGAUUACCUUUCAUUUUAGAGAGGCCCAGUGUUUGUCCAGCUUUGGCACUUCGAAAUUAUAUAGAUAAAACUAGGGCUUUACGGUCAAAUCAUUCGGAAGGAAAUCUUUUUAUUAGUACCCGAAAGCCUCACAAAACUGUAGGUUCACAAACGUUAGCACAUUGGGUAAAACAUGUGUUAGAGAAAAGCGGUGUUGAUAUAACAUUAUUUGGAGCUCACAGUACGCGUGCAGCGUCCACAUCGGCCGCGCACAGCUCCGGAGUUAACCUGGAAGUGGUUCGUAAGGCUGCGGGCUGGAGCGAUACUUCUAAUGUAUUCCUUAAAUAUUACUGUCGGGAAGUAGUACACACUGAUAAAGACCAAUUUGUUAAUGCUUUAUUUAGGAACGAUUUGGAUGAGAACUAGAUAAAUUACUUUUAUUUUAUUAAGUGUUUAUAUACUUAAGAAAACGAUAAAUGUAUUUUUAUACUAGUUUUUGUAAACCGUUGAAAGUAUACAUUUACAUGUACCUACAUUACCUGAUUGAUCUCGAUAUUUACUAAUGUUUGUUUCAAUUAUUGUUACUAAUACUAUAAUUAAUAUGAUUAUAUUGAGUUGGUUUUUCGA